UAGACGAUCCGAGACACCACUCACCCCCUCUGCUCCCUCUUAUGUCUGAGUCAACAACCCCACCACCUGUCAAGUAUAUAAGGUUUUAGCCCUUGUCUCGCCACCCCUUCACAACACAAUCCUCUUCUAGCUCACCAUUAUCCACGUCAACCCUACAGAGUCGGCUUGCCCAUGACACGAAAUAGCCCGCGUCUCUCUGAAGACCAUACCAUACGACGUCAUCGCCAUCGACAACAACACCAGGAAGAGCACCAGCACGACGACCUGCAGUCACAGAGGUCCGCAAGCAGGCCGACAUCGCAGCACAGCCAUCGCUUGCAUUCGCCCAACGUCCAGCCAUCGCCCACGCACCACUCGCCAAAGGCAUUACACAGGUCUCCGAAGUCGGCUUCCUCACCACAGAGUCACCACGUUCCAUCCCCUCUCAAAAUGGUUACCACGACGGCACCGAUCCAUCCGCCGCCAGACGAUGCGCAGUAUUAUUACCUCCCCGAUGUCCAAGUAUCAGAUGAGCAACACGCUGCUCAUGCCUGGAUGGAGCCCAUUGUGAUCGAUGACGACGAUCUCAUGUUUGGCGGGAAGAGCCUAAGCGCGUGGUACGAGGAGGAGAGACAGACGCUCGGCUACCCCCUGGAGGAAGAGCACGAAGAGCGCCGGGGCCGUCAGAGGAUGCGACAGCAGCAUCACCACAGUCAUCACCACCACCACCAUCAUCAGCACGGAGAGCACCGCCAUCACCAUCACCCGCACCACCACAUGUCAUCGGGUGCGAAGACUACGUCGGGCAACAACGACCAGAAGAGACAUUGAUCUAGGGAAUUCCUCGAGAGGUGUCGCUUUGUUUUUUUCUAAGGGCUGGAUUCCUCCCACCAACGACGAUAACGGCCUUCAGCAUGAACACUCUGCUUCUCGUUUCUGCUUUCAUUUCUGAGAUACCCUGCAUGUUUUGCAUUCGCAUUUUUGUUGUCGACGCCAUGCGACAACGGCUCCUUGGAUCGCAUUGAUCAUGAGAGCACCAUUGCGCAGAUCUGCAUUGGUCUUGCCUAUUAGAUG